GUUUAAAGCUUGACCCCUUCUUGCCAAGUCGAUAAGAUAAUACAGUCCAGUUUAAGGAGCAAACACCUACAAAAUGAAAACAAUAUAUUGAAUUGUUAUUGACUAGAUUUAAAGCAUGUUUCUAUUAAACUAAAGAAAUGACACGGUGUUGUACUUGUCUUGUAUUUUCUAUAUAUUUGUGGCUGCUUUUGGGAGAAUGCAGAGGGAUAAUUUUAGCAAAUCAGCAACAGCCCAAACCAGCUUACAGUUCCGGAAUCAAAACUACCGCCUGGAGGAAUCCCAGUACCAUUCAAACCCAUCAGAACUACAGCAGGGUCUUCGUCCACAACAACCCAAACAGCGACUCCCAAUACGUCAUCACCAAAGCGGAGAAAUCUGACAGGCUGUAUCCGGUAUACAAUGCGCAUUCCUACGGACAACAGCCCGAACAAACCCAAAAAUUAAUCCAGUCCAAUUCUCAAACCUCGCGCAACUCUACUGGUCAAUAUGUCCCGGGGGCAAAUCUGGCGGGGACUCAGAACAACAGGACCAUCUACAAGAGGAAGAUAGAAUUCAAGACCAUCGAGGUGUACGAAAAAUGCCCUGAAGGCGUUACCGGCUCACUGGUGUACUACCUAAGCUGCAACCAGUUCCUCAACUGUUGGAAGGGAAGAGGGGAAAUCCAAAACUGCGCUCCUGGUACCCUGUUCAAUCCGAAGACUCUGGAAUGCGAUUUUCCCGAAAAGGUGGAGUGCGUUACAGGAAGGCAAAAUUCUUUGACGCUACAGACGAGUCGUCAUCAAAAGUCGGUUACUCAAGCGCCCUGCCCUAAAGAAUUCAGCGGCCUGAUCCCCAACUACACCGAUUGUUCCAAGUUCAUUAGCUGCAACAACGGCCAGCAGGUUUCUAUGGAUUGCCCACCUGGUACUCUCUUUGAUACAACUCGGAAUGUCUGCAACUUCCCGUACUUGACCACGUGCUUCAAUGGUCAAUCCGGUGCUUCCCAAAACAGCAGCGGUGUAGGGUACGAGAGUCAAUCGCAGUUUCAAGGCCAACAAGGUCAAUAUUUAGGGCAACAACCGGGCUAUUAUCAAGGUCAUAACACGUACGGAGCAAAUCAGUACGGACUUCAAGGUCAGCAAAAUCAGCAAAAUUAUGGUCUAGCGGCCAACCAACAUGGGCAGUCUCGUUAUAACUACGGUAAUGAAGGCCAGUACCACUCUGGUAGUCACGUGGGACAACACAGCAACAUACAACAAGGCAUUAACUCAAAACUGGACUUCGGUGGAGGCAGCGGAACUACUUAUGGGAAAGACCCAGUGAGUCAAGGUCACAGUUUUUAUAUACAAACCACUCAGGGAAGGCCUAGGUGUAAUCCGCAGACACAAAAUUGUGGCCUUGACUCCGGUGCUUCAACAAGCAACAACUACGGACACACUUCAGCUCAAAACUGCAAUCCUCAGUACCAGAACUGUGAUCACAGUCUUGGUCAAGGCCAAGGCCAGUUUUUUGUACCAGGAUGCGAUUCUAGAACCCAAAACUGCGGUCAAAGCUACGGAAGCACUCAGCAAACAGUCCACGGGCACAGUCAGACCCAAGAAGGUUAUGGCCAGCAAAAUUUUCAUAGAGUUUGCAAUAUAAACGACUCUAAUUGCCAGAGGAACACUACCGUUGCGAAGAAAAGCAAAGAACCCAAAUGUCCAGAUGGUUUUCAAGGCAUUACCAAACAUCCUAGUGACUGUAAAAAGUUUCUGAACUGCGCCAACGGUAGGACCUUCAUCCAGGAUUGCGCACCAGGGACUUUGUUCAAUCCGGCUAUCGGGAACUGCGAUUUCCCGUACAACGUCGAUUGUUCGACCAAUGAAACCGACGAAGCAACUGAACGCUAUGGGUCGAGUUCGACAAGCGAAUGGCAGAGGGUAUACCAGGAACACGUUGAACAAUAUGGUCAAAAUGCUGGGCACGGUAAUAUUAGAACAGUGACCACCCCAACACCGCAGUAUCAACCCUCUUACACCACAAAUCGGGGCAUUUACAAUCAAGGUCAUACACAGGGAACGCAUGGCCAAGGUCAAGGUGGUUAUUAUCAAGGCCAGUUCAAUACCGACUACGCCCAAGGUCAGUCAAAUCAGAACCAAGGCUCUUACAGUACGAGUGGCAUUAAAACCAGUCAGAACCAAAAGCCAGGUGGUGGCGUGACUGUAAUCCAGCCUUUGACACCCAGACCGACUUACAUAACGAACAUACCGCGCGAAACCGUGGUCAAUAUAGGCCAAACCGGGGUGGUGAGUAGGCCAGCCCCAACUCACAUCCAACUAGACAACAAAAGAAACAAUGCUCCAGACUACUUGGAUAUCUCCGACCCUAACGAGAGGACCAACUACCUGAUCCACUCCACCACCACCAGGAGUGUGGGAAAAUGGCCCCCGCCGUUCCCCUCCACCGACAUCAACGCCGACUACGUUUUCGAGUACGAGGACGGGGAACCGGUGACCUUGGAACCGGAGAACGUCUUUCGCGCUGACAACAAGAAGAAGAAAAAGGCGGAUUGCGGCAAGGGGGACUUUUACUGUUCCUCGGAGAUGUGUAUCUCGAAAUCGGCUGUUUGUGACGCUCACAGGGACUGUCAAAAUGGAAAAGACGAACUGGAGUGCCAAGAAUAUCUGCAGAGGUUCGCACUGAGCAAAAAUUCGCAACUCAACGUUCUGGAGGACCAGCGUUGGAUCAACGUCAGUCAAGCCACUUGCGCUCUUCUGUGCAUCCGCAACACGGGUUUCGAAUGCAGGUCUUUCAAUUACAGGAAAAUGGACAAAACCUGCUUCCUGUCCAGCUUGAACGUGGGGCUGACAGGGGCGUUGAGGCCGUACUACCCCUACGACUACUACGAACUGAAGACCGCUUCGAUCGACUGCGCGUUGAUGUUCAAGUGCAACAACAACAAGUGCAUCACGAGCCACCAACUUUGCGACGGUUUUGCCGACUGCGCAGACAGGGAAGACGAGAAAAAUUGUAAAGCCGAGGAUUUCGGCUACAGCAUAAAGCUGGCGGGUACUGGCAAGAGCAACGAAGGUCGGGUGGAGGUCACAGCUUUUGGGAAGACCGGGUACAUUUGCGACGACCAAUUCGGCAUGAAAGACGCCAACGUCGUCUGUAGAGAGCUUGGGUUUCAACUAGGCGCUGCCGAGAUCAAAGGUAACUCGUACUUUGCCGCUGACAUUAAGGAGAAGAACACCCUGUACAUGAUAGACGACCUGGACUGCCUCGGCAAUGAGACCACCCUGAUCGAUUGCAGCUUUCCGGGAUGGGGAGUCCACAACUGCAGGAAUCAAGAGAUUGCAGGGGUUGUCUGUAAAACGCCUCAAGAGAAAUGCGGCAAAGAUUCUUGGAAGUGCGACAGCGGCAACGAGUGCAUACCUUAUUCUUUCGUCUGUGAUGGACUCUACGACUGCACGGACGACACUGACGAAGCAACUCACCACUGCGAGGCACCUACGCAGCUUAGACUGACCAACGGCACCAGCGACAUGGAAGGGCGGCUAGAGAUCAAACACCACGGCAUCUGGGGAACGAUCUGCGACGACGACUUCAACGAAGACGCCGCUAAAAUAGUCUGCAAGCAUUUCGGAUUCAAGGGCGCCGUCGUCGUGAAGAAAGAAGGCUUCUUCGGGCCAGGUGAGGGUCCCAUUUGGCUGGAUCAGGUCUCUUGCUACGGAAACGAAACCGAGCUACGCCACUGUACUCACUGGAACUGGGGCGAGCACAACUGCGACCACACGGAGGACGUGGGGAUCAUCUGCAGCAACCAGGUGGAAGCAGAGCCGCUCCAACGGCAUUCCAAAAUCAACGUCGGGUACAAGAGCAGCGUGAGAUUACCGGAAAACACCUGCGGGUUCAGGAAAGACAAUCAGUUCCUGUUGGACGAUUUGAUUCACACCAGAGUGGUUUCUGGGUCUGUGGCUAGGAAGGGGGACUACCCCUGGCAGGCUGCCUUGAGGAUCAAGGGCAAAGCCCAGCAGUCCCACCACUGGUGCGGGGCGGUCAUCCUGGCCAGCCAGUGGGUUCUGACAGCGGCCCACUGCCUCAUGGGGUACGCCAAGGGGGCUUACAUGAUCGUCGCCGGAGAAUACAACACCGACGAAGACGAGGGUACCGAGCAGACCAAAUACAUCGAAGAAUACUUCAUCCACGAGAACUUCACCGAAGGUGAACGGGUGAUGAGGAACGACAUAGCCUUGGUUAAGGUGAAGGGCGUUGGGUUUUCCUUGAACGAGGACAUUCAACCUAUUUGUCUUCCGGAAGAGGACGUUGACUACGAGAGGGACCUCAACUGCACCAUCUCGGGUUUCGGCUCGGUUAAAACCGGAAAUUCCGCGUAUUCGCACAAUUUGAUGGCGGCGUGGGUGCCGAUCAUAAGGACGGAUAUCUGCAAGAUGCCCCACGUGUACGAUACCACCCUGUCAGAGGGGAUGAUCUGCGCCGGAUUUUUGAGUGGCGGUGUUGACAGUUGCCACGGGGACAGCGGGGGGCCUUUGGCCUGCCUAGACAAUGGUUUGUUUACUUUAUACGGAAUUACGUCAUGGGGGCACCGUUGCGGCUUCGCCAACAAGCCCGGGGUGUACGUUAAAGUUGCCCACUACAGGAAGUGGAUCGACGACACCAUAACGAACAAUUCUUGAAGAAGUAUACUGACCGAAUAUACAUAUUCUUUAAUAUGUUUCAAAUAAUAAGAAUUGUACAGAUUUAAUAAUUUAAGGAAAUAAAUUUAAUGUAGAAUUAA